GGGUACCCCCCCACCGAGCACGCCUUUCGGAAGGGGCUUGCCGACGGAGUGGGCUUGCCCAAGAUCCCGGUGCAUCCCCUGAGCUACCGCGACGCCGAGGAGCUGCUGCGGGACAUGGGGGGCGCCCCCCCGCCGAGCGAGGCCUGGAGGGGAAGCCUCAACGUCUCCUACAACGUGGGGCCCGGCUUCCUAGCCACGCGGGCCUCCUGGAGGGUGAGGAUGCUGGUGAGGACACAGAACCAGGUGAGGAGGAUCUACAACGUGGUGGGGACCAUCCACGGGGCGGUGGAGCCAGACCGCUGGGUCAUCCUGGGGGGUCACCGUGACACGUGGGUGUUUGGGGGCAUCGACCCCAUGACCGGGGCCGCCACCCUGCAGGAGGUCGCAAAGGUCACGGGAGCCAUGCGGCGCUCGGGUUGGCGCCCACGGAGGAGUCUCAAGCUGUGCAGCUGGGACGCCGAGGAGUUUGGGCUCCAGGGGUCCACCGAGUGGGUGGAGGACAAGGCCCAGGUGCUGCUGAGCCGUGCCGUCGCCUACAUCAACGCCGACUCGGCCAUCGAGGGCAACUUCACUCUGCGUGUCGACAGCUCGCCAAUGCUCCACCGCCUCGUCUACAGCGUGGCGAAGCAGGUGCCCAGCCCUGACGAGGGACAGGAGGGGCGGAGCCUCUACGACACGUGGCUCGCGCGCGAUCCUUCCUCCACCAAUCGGAGCCUCCCAAACAUCAACAAGCUGGGCUCUGGCAGUGACUUUGAGGCGUUCUUCCAGCGGCUUGGCAUCUCGGCGGCACGCGCUCGCUACACCAAGAACAAGCGUGGCCCCCGCUACAGCGGCUACCCGGCCUACCACAGCGCGUCAGAGACGUUCGACCUGGUGGAGCGCUUCUACGACGGCGGCUUCCCGCGGCACCUCGCCGUGGCGCGCGUCCGGGGCCUGCUGGCGCUGGCGCUGGCGGCCGCGCCGCUGCUGCCCCUCGACUGCCGCGACUACGGCCCCCAGCUGCGGAGCCACGCCGAGGCCGUCGCCGCGGUGGCGCGGACGCGCGGAGUGGAGGCCGGGCCCGGGUUUGCGUCUCUGUUCCAGGCCAUCGACAACUUCACGGCCGCGGCAGAGAACUUCCACGCGGCCAUCGGUGGACUCGACAUGGAGAAUGUCAUGGCUCUCCGCAUGGCCAACGACCGCCUCAUGCUGCUGGAGAGGGCCUUCACCGACCCCCUGGGCCUUCCUGGACGGCCGUUUUACCGCCACGUGGUGUUCGCUCCGAGCAGCCACAACAAGUACGCGGGCGAGGCGUUCCCGGGCGUCUACGACUCCCUGUUCAUCGCGGACGCGGCGGAGGCGCGCACUGAGACGGAGCGCAACCUCGCAGUGGCCGCCUUCACCGUGCAGGCUGCCGCCGGCACCCUGGCCUAGGCACGGCACCACCACCACCAUCACCACCACCACCACCACCCACCAUGGCCUCCC